AAGGGUUUAUAAACCUAAUAAACCUAUUUGAUAGCUUCUAUCAAAUAAACCUAUUUCUAUCUUCUAUCAAAUAAACCUAUUUGAUGGAAGGAAAUAGGAAUAGGACACAUUGCUUUUGACUUUCUGCACCCAUGUGGAAACCAGGGAUCUAUUCUCUCCCUCUCAAUUUACAUGACCAUGAGGAAACUGAAACCUAGUGAAGUUAAAUGACUUGCCCGGGGGGACAGACAGCUAGCUAGUUCCUGCUUGAACUGGGGACCAUCUAUUUGAUUACCGGGAGUGCGGUUGGUUUCUGUUGCCUGUUUGAUACUCUUCUGGAAAGUUUUAGCGGCAAAUGGUAUUGUCCACACCACGGCCCUUGAUCUCAGGUAAAUCUCCACACCACUGCCUUCUUUUUUUUUUUUUUUUUCCAAUGCAGUUGCGUGGUGUGAAGGCGAUAACCUCAGAAACUCAGGUGUAAAUAACCCGGGGAAUCAAUGGGCUGGGGGGAUGGUAAAACAAGAGUUCGUAGACAUGACUGUGUACAAUAGCUUCUGAAGUUUCGGAGGGUAUUGGUUUAGCUGUUAUUUCUGAGACUGGAGAAAAUGACAGUAGAGCGACAGUUUCUCUAAUCAUCAGUUUUCAAAGAGCAUGCUUUUCGUUGGAACCACAAAUAUAGUACACCUAAUAAGGAGAAACGAAACCUUGAAUUUUUCCUUCCCAGACUCUGAAAAGUAAAUUUUAAGGAACAUUUUAAGGGUGACAAAAGGUGAAGAUUGCAAAUCAAACUUAGAGUGUCCUUGCUCAAGAAAAUCUGUGCACUGCAGCUCCAAUAGAGGACCACUUGGGUUUAGAAAUGACAUGUUAUUAAUAAUUCUAGUCACUGUGGCUAAUUAGAACAGUCUGUUGAAAGUUAUAAAUUAUAGAAGCUUUUAAAAACAUUUAUCUAAGAACCUGUGUAGAAUUCUAAAAGGACUGAAUUAUUUGAAGUUAUUAGUCUCUGUGUAUGUAAACUUAAACUAUUUUUACGCCUUUGAUUAUUUUUCUAAAAAUGUUUUUGCACACUUAUAGCCUGAUGCCGUAAAUGUUUUAAGAGUUUAAUGUACAGCACCUCUAGGUGCUAUUUAAAACUUUUUUCUGGUCCUUUUCUUUUGGGUUAUAAGGGUUCUUCGUAACCAAGAAGAUUACCUAUAGUUAGGCUGAAUGCACUCUCCCAGGGUGCAUAGGCAGCUGCUCAACUGCGGUUAUAACUCUUGUUUGCCCCUGGGUGGUUGCCAGCAGGGAGUAAGGCAUUGUGGGAAGUACUUUCUUUACCUUCCACAACAGGUGUCUUUGUCAGUGCACCUUAUUCAGAUAUCCGUGUGUGGAAGCACUGAGUCACUGUGUAGCAAAGAAAAAUAUGAAAGCAAGAGGAAUUGCUUUCACAUCUAGAAAAUGUUGCAAGAUAAUCUGAAAUCUUCUGGUGCUAGUGAAUGCAUGAAGAGGUUCACAGUAUCUUUUAAAGUACUUCUGAAAAGAUAAGGAGUUUAAAAGGUAUGAACUGCCUGGACACCUUAUAAUGCCUUGUCUCCUGAUUAUCGUUUACUUUUUACCUGGUUAGUCAGCGUCAGGAUAAAUGUACAGGAAAAAGAUGUUAACGAAAAUAAUGCUUAACAGACAAAGCAGCACUGUCGAACAAAAAUGAAGUAAAAAUGCUUUACUGACUCCAGCAAGGGUCAAACACAGUUUGCAGCUGUUUUAAUCUUGUGGAUUUAUUUAAAAUAUUUCAUUUUUUUGUUUAAAUAAGCUUAUUAGAUUUGCUUGUUUCCUAGCAAUAAGGUGCUUUUCCCUCCUUCCUUGUGCUCGCUCUUAUAAGCUAGAAUGCUAUAGCAGUUGUAAAACUCUACUAAUUACAUUUAAAUGGGACAAGUGUUAUAUAAGUAAUCAUGUUACUGUAGAUGAAAAAAUACUUUAGGAAAACAUGGGAAAACAGACACUAUAGAUCUCAUUCUGAGUUUUGUUUUCUGAAAAGCAAACAAAUUUAGACAACAUAAUCCUGUUAUUGGUAAUGAAGACUAAACAUUUCAACCAGUAGCUUAUUUCUUUUGAUUUUUAGACAAACAUUGCCAAAUUGAUUUCUAGUUCUAACAAAUAAUAUUUCUCAUAGUACUGCAGCGUCAUGAUCUAGAAAAAGCAGGGAAAAGAUUAACUUAAUUAGGAAUAUUGAAAAACAACUUCAGAGAAGCCUUAUCUGUCUUCCCCUCAUUUUUAUUUGCUUAAUUCUUUUUCCAUGAAAUUAGUAUACAUUAUAUUUCCUGAUCAAGCAACUUUGCAAUGGUGAUUAUGGGCAGCUUUCAAACUUUUCAUCUGGAAAUAUGGCAGUUCAUUUAUGGUCUCCAGCUGUAAUUUUAAAAAUUACUACUGGUGGUUAAGGUACCAACAGUUAAUGCUAUCUACUGAUUUGAAUAAUUAAAAGAAACCUCUAACCUUAAAGAGGACUUUUAUCUAUGGGAGCAAAACAACCAGUUUAUAAAUGAGACCCUUGUAUUGCUUUCUGAAUAACAACACAAAACUAAAUUAUGCUUAAAAUACCUAUUUUUUUUUGUAGGAAAAGAAGUAAUGAUUAUUAAUUGAUAUUGCUGUCCCUGUUUCAUUUUUAUGUUUUGGCAUUUUUUUUCUUUAACAGAAAUACUCCGAGGGGAAAAAAAUUUUUUUUUCAUACUUCAGGAGAUCAUUUGUAGCUGUACUAUGAAUUCUUUAAAUUCUGAGAAAUUAAAAUGGUUUUCAUCUGUUUAUUUUCUAAGAUUAUGAAAAAAUAAGCAGUAAGAACACUAAGAAAAUUUACUUCUCCUCCAAGAACAAUCGUCAUGUAAUAAUACUGCAGUAAGAAGAUGAGCUAUUGUGAAAAUUUUUAAUUACCAAGAACAUAACACAAAUCAGUUUUUUUGUUGUUGUUAUUGCUAUAGGAUAUUUCUAGUUAGGAAACAUUUUUUCUUUUUUGAAGUUUAAAGGUUUCCAAAAAUUAAAUUUUCCAGCUUCUCUAUUAUGAAUGCAGAAGGUGUUUAUAGUGUAUACUUCCUGCAUAGAUAAGAAACCUCCUUUAGUUUCCUACUGGGGGUGAAUUGCUAGCCAAGCCUGUGAUAGCAGCUGCUUUUUUUUUUUUCUUUCUCUCUCUUUCUUUCUGGAUUUUUGACACUCCACCCCCUCGAACUCAGGUGGGUGUGUACACUGGCACUGAGCUGCAGUAGGAUUUUUCCUUGGAUAGUCUGGUCUGGAGCUGGGACAGCAGCUGCUGCUGUGGAAAGGCCAGCUGGCAAGAUGAUGGAAGAAAUCUCCAUUAUGGUAGCCUAUGACGCCCAUGUUUUCAGCCAGCUGCACGAUGAAGACUUCCUCACUAGUCUGGUGGCCAUCAGCAAGCCCAGGUCUAUGGUACCAACCAAGAAGCUGAAGAAAUAUGAGAAAGAAUAUCAGACAAUGCGAGAGAGUCAGCUGCAACAGGAAGACCCAAUGGAUAGAUACAAGAGGGAGAACCGAAGAUUACAGGAGGCCAGCAUGAGGUUGGAACAAGAGAAUGAUGACCUCGCCCAUGAACUAGUAACAAGCAAAAUUGCUCUACGGAAUGACUUGGAUCAGGCAGAAGACAAGGCAGAUGUGUUGAAUAAGGAACUCCUCUUAACCAAACAGAGGCUGGUGGAGACUGAAGAGGAGAAGAGGAAGCAAGAGGAAGAGACUGCCCAGCUAAAAGAAGUCUUCAGGAAACAGCUAGAGAAGGCAGAAUAUGAAAUAAAGAAGACUACAGCUAUCAUUGCUGAGUAUAAACAGAUCUGUUCACAGUUGAGUACCAGGCUGGAGAAACAGCAAGCAGCCAGCAAGGAGGAGCUGGAAGUGGUAAAGGGUAAGAUGAUGGCAUGCAAACACUGCAGUGACAUUUUCAGCAAGGAGGGUGCUUUGAAACUAGCAGCCACAAGCAGAGAGGACCAGGGAAUUGAAACGGAUGAUGAGAAGGACUCACUUAAGAAGCAACUGAGAGAGAUGGAACUGGAACUGGCACAAACCAAACUGCAGUUGGUGGAGGCCAAGUGUAAAAUUCAGGAACUUGAACAUCAGAGAGGAGCCCUUAUGAAUGAAAUCCAAGCUGCAAAAAACUCUUGGUUUAGCAAAACCCUGAACUCUAUCAAAACGGCCACGGGCACCCAGCCAUUGCAGCCAGCACCGGUCACCCAGCCACCCAAGGAGAGCACAUAGUUCCAGCCUUACCCAAGCACAAGAGCACAAUGUUCAAAGCAGUGGAAAUCUGGGAGGAUUCUUCCUGGUGUCCCUUUGAAGGAAAGUCAAGGAGGCCAGAAAACAAGCCAGAAUCUUUCAGUAGCUCUCUUUCUUGUAUGACACUUUUCAAAGGGAGGUUACUUAAACUGACCUGUUUUAUGUUGAAUAUCUAUUUUCCAGCUUCUUCAUGGAAGGCCAUGUUCAGAUCCAUCAUAGUAUUAACACAUUAUUUUGUUUGCCUGAUGUUUAGUUGGAAAUAAGUAAUUCAGAACUAAAUGCUCUUUUAUUUAGAACUAAUUAUUCAUAAUUAUUUUUAUCUUACGUAAAAAUGGAGAUAUCUGUUAUUCCAAGGUUGAAGUGAAGUGAUAGGAAGAUCUUUGUCACAGGAAAAAAAAACAUUGAAACCUAAACCUCUUAGCUUUUCAGGAUUUAUUCAGAUAAAGCACACUGUGGGGCCAGGCAUGACCGCUCUCAGGUUUCCUCCUGAGCCUGAUUCCCAGGGGAGUGAUAAUCCUGUCCAAAGGAAAGAACCAAUCAGUGAUCAUUGGUUUACUUUCAUUAUCUGGAAAUGAAGUGCCAGGAAUAGAUGGGCUAUUCAGAUUAUACAUUAGGUAAAAGGAAUUGAGAUUUUAAUAAGUAUAGGUUAGGAUCAUUUGGGCUGUGGUAUUCUAACAGAUCCUUUUAAGAACUCCACAUGGGACUUGUGAGUUCCUAAGUAUGCCUAAGUAUGGACACAGGUGUGACUUCUGGCACUUAUAAAGUUAAAGGUGGAUAUUGCGCCUUACAGACUUAGGGAGCCUUUACCAGAGACGCCUAAAAAGUCCCAGGUUCAGCCAUUGUGCUGAAUAGAGUGGAAUACAGAACCAGGGACAGAGUAUUUCAUUUAACGUUGAUAGAUACUUGCUAAGGAAACACUAACAAUACUGUAACUUUGUUAAAGGACAUAGUAUUGAAAUGAGAAAUAGAGGUCAGGCUCACAUCAUCUUAGCUUAAUGUUGGGCAACUUUUUCCAAUUUCGGUAGUUCACUGAAAAUGUGUCCUUCAUACCCAUAAAGAGAUACAAAUGCAUUUGUAACAUUUUUGAUUGAAUAUAAAACCUUUACAGAAAUACUUAUCUCAUGGAAAGGUAAAGCUAUUGUUUAAAAAUUAGUGGAAAUAUUUUUUCAAUUAUAUUUAACAUGCCUAUAAAAAUAGUCCUUGCAGGAAAUUAUUUGAUAAGAGCAAAACUAUUUUUAUUUUAUAAACUAUUUUGGAGGCCUCUGUUCCUUUCACACCAACCAAACUACUAUUAGAUAUGUACAAUAACAUUUGUUGAUAUACAUCAUUGGCCUCACUGUUGAACAUAUUAUUUGCAAAGAAUCUUAAACUCUGCAGUGCCAGAAUGAUUUUCAUCUGUGCCAUAUGUUGCAAUUAAAAGUAACACACCCUUAGAAAAAUCAAAUAAGAGCCAUCUCCACCCCAGGAGGAUACAGCAAGUUGCUCACGGUGGAUCUUUUCCUCUAAAAUGAUCUUUUAUGUUCUAAAAAGUGAAAUCCCCUUUUUCUGUGUUUAUAUUAUCUACAGCCCAUAAAACUGAUGUGAUUAUUAUGUUAUACUCAUCAGAUAAUACUUUUCUUACAUAAAUCUUUUGUUGUUCUGACAUCUUUCAUUACAAAAUUUAUUUUCUUACCAAAAAGGAACAUAACUCAGCAUUCCAGGUGUCUAUAUUGACUUUAAUAUUCUCUACAUGGUGGUCUAGAGAAGCUAAUUUUUUUUUUUUUUUUUUGUAAAAUAUAGUAGCUAGAAAAUGUUAUCUUGGCACUUGUUUUUGUAAAUCAUUUAGUAUAGGCUGUUAGCUUUACUGGUACUUUACGCUUUGAUUCCAAGAAGCCCUGUGCAGUUGCCUUAUCAAAUGGCCAGCUAAAUUAAAGAUGCUCUUUUGUGUUGUGAAUUUCAUAAUUCUGUACAGAGCUUGUUUCAACUUACAAAAAUAAGUACAUUCCACAGAAUGCCUAAAGUGCAUAAUUUUCUUUAAAUAAUAGGUGAGGGAGAAACAUAAUGGCUCUAGGUUAAUCCCUUAUCUGGAGACCUUGUUCAACUUCAUAGUCCCUUUCCUUUUGAAGAGAAAAAUCCUCCCCCAGCCAAGCAUGGUGGCUCACAUCUGUAAUCCCAGCACUUUGGGAGGCCAAGGUGAGUGGACCACCUAAGGUCAGGAGUUUGAGGCCAGCCUGGCCAACAUGGUGAAACCCUGUCUCUAUUAAAAAUACAAAAAUUAGCCAGGUGUGGUGGCAGGCGCCUGUAAUCCCAGCCUAUUCAGGAGGUGGAGGCAGGAGAAUUGCUUGAAUCCAGGAGGCAGAGGUUGUAGUGGGCCAAGAUUAUGCCAUUGCACUCCAGGCUGGGCGACAAGAGCAAAAUUCUGUCUCAAAAAAGAAAAAUCACCAGGUACAUACCUCUCAAGUUUGAUAAGUCCAUCUUUUGAGUUUUCUUUUAGCUCUUUCAAAAGAUUGUAAGGGCAAUACAUAGUUGUGUUUUUUUUUAUUCUCCAGCCCCAUAUCAUACUUGGAUAUGCCUGUUGGUACCAUAAGCCUAAACUCUCCCUCACUGCAAUGCCUUUGAGUCAGCAGCAAUAGUAAAGACAAGAAACAAAGAAAAUUCAGAAUUUGGUAUGUGGUAUGAUUGUUCAUACAAUAUGUUAUAAUAGCAAUAUUCCAAACAAUAUGUCCUUCACUGUCUGUUGUUUGAAAACUCAUGCAUCCCAGCAUGAAGUAACUACUAGUUUUAAUUUCACUUAUUUUGAGAUAUAUUUGAGAAUUGCAUCUCUUCUAUUGAAUUUCAUUUAGAAGAGAUGAACCAGCCAAAUAUCCAGGAAGGUUUCAAAAUAUUCUAGUGUUUUUCAUCCUUUCCUAGGAUGUGCUCUGUAUAAAACAUUCCUCUGAAAAUCUAAUAUUUGUAAUAUCUAAGAAUUGAUCAUUUCUAUUUUCAUUAAAUUCUGUAGAAAAAAAUAAAUGAAUGAAAUUCAACUUCAUAAUUCAGUUCAUCAGCUUUUAUAUCUUGAGAAUCUUAACACAUUCUUUAAAUCUGAAAGAAACCAAGCUGGAUUUUGCAGUGCAUAUGUUUGCUAGCUUCCCACAUCCUGAACCAUGUCAAAAUUUGGUUAUAUUUAGUUAUAUAUAAUUUAAUGCAAAGAAAUUCUCAGUUACUUAAUGUUCUGUUUAUUUAUGAGUGCCUAUCAGGAACACUAAUAGAAAUGCCAUUCAACCGGUGUCUUCUCCUGCCCUUCUCCCAGCUGUUAAAUUAAUACUUUCCUCUUCAUUGGCUUUCUGAAAUGCCCUGAGUAAAGUAGAAAAGCGACCUUUGUACGGAUGUGGGGAUAUUUAAUACUAUGUAUCUUGUUCCAUUUUUUUCUAGGGUGUAUUAAUAUUUAUUUUUCUCCAACGUCUGCUCCAUUUUCUUAAAAUAUUUUCCAGUUAAUAGUUAGUUGCUUUAUUUCCUAGCUGAAGUGAGAAAACCAAGAGAAAGCAACACAGAUUUGGGCAGAGGAGAUACAGUUAGAUCCUUAAAGGAGUCAGCCACCCACCCAGAAGGAGAAUCACAUGUGUAACUGAUGUAGGGGUUUAAGCCUUCUUUUACUUUCGCUAAAAUCAGUCUACUAACUCUUCCACCAACCUUUGCAUCAAACACUUAGGUAGCUGCCUGAUUAGGGGGCCCCUUGAAGGGGGAAAAAAAAACUUUUUAAAAAUUAAAUGCCUUGGUUUUAUCUUCUGGGAAAGAACACUUUUACUUGAUUAACAAGAUGAUUAUAUUAUAUAACUUGCCCUUAAAAACACUCCAAAAUACUGACUCCUUUGCUCCAAUUACAAGUGAGAGAGUGAAGAAAUUCUGUUGUAUGAUUUGAACACUAUUAGGUUUGUAUGUGUGUUUAAUUGGAAGAAUUUUAUAUAGAGUAUCUCUGCUUCUUUUGUUUCCCUGGGUACCACACAACCAAAUACACAUUGAGAUUUCAAGAAAUAAUGAUGAAAGCCAGAAGGCCAGACCACAGCUCUGCAGCCUGUUUCCUAUUAUCAGAUAUGAAACUCUUUCUCAUUACCAUGCUGAUAGUCACACUGAACUAGAACUGUCCCAACACAUACUUUCUCUCUCAUAGUGGCUUCCAUUUAACACAGGCAAAGCCCUUUACCUUAGCAAAUUCUUUAUCUUUCAAAAGUGACCAAAAUGAGGACUUCAACCUUGGUUGCUCCUCAAUAGAGAUGCUGAUCUUGAGUUGUAAUGAGAAAAGUGGACAUAUAGAUUUUAGUGACUGCAGUCAGCUCUCUGGCAUUCCUUUCUCAGUUUGCAUCUAAAAGACUACAAUAUGUCAAGCUUAUCUCCACCUGAAUUUGCUGCCUGCUAUAAAAACAUUUCAUUAAUAUAUCUCAUUCUUCCUACCUCCAUCUCUGGUUUGUCAUUAGUGGUAUUCUGAAAAGCUUAAGAAAAAAGAAUCAUUGAGUAGAAAGUGAACAUUUUAAGUUAUUUUCCUUUUUCACUGGCAAUUAGUUAACAUGUAAAAUCUUUUCCAUUAAACUCUAUAACUUUUAAUAACUAUAUAUUAUAUAUGGGAUAAAAUAUAUGGACUGAAUUGUGAGAAUAUAAAUGCAUCGAGAGACUCUGGUGUCAUGAAAGCACAAGAAUAAGGCUGGAGAUGGUCCCAGAUCCAAGAUGUCCCAAAAGCCUUUUGUAUCAGUUUCUCUAUUUUUGGUAUUUUGCAUAAUGCAUGGAUCCUUAGUUCAAAUGAGGGACACAGUUUCUCAGCCCCACUUCUUUCUUUCCAACUCCUACCUUUCCCUUGCAGAGGUAGUAGAGAUUCUGAAUUAUCUAUUAUGAAUUCUAUUAUUUUGUCCAUGGCAUCUCUAAUGAAAACAGGUUCUAGAAUAAAGGAGUUGAUUAGUCUGAACAGUACUAAUUAACUACAAAAAAAGUUAGUGAUCAGCCUCUUCCUCUAUAAACGAUGACCAAUUAGAUGUUUCCAUAAUUCCAUGUAUUAUGUAUAGUACACUCUAUAAAUGUAAAUGUAAUGCUUGUCUAAAAAGUGCAAUUUAUUGUACAUUGUCCCAACAAAUGUUUACUUUUAUAAUUGUUAUGAACUUGAAUUGGAUUAGUAUUUUGUUUUUAUGUGUGAAUGAAGCCUUGUGAAAUAAACAAAUGCAACUGAGAAGGUAACAAGGUGACUGUUUUUGUGAGCCAGUGAUGUUUUCAAUGCUUUGUGUUGCCCCUUUGGCCCCAUUAAGCAGUAAUAAACAUUUGUUCUGAAGUCCA